AUGAACUCCUCAUCGGCACACACUAUCUAUGUCGGAAACGUUCAAUCGAUCAAAGAUGAUCAAUUACGCGAGUAUUUCCAACGUUUUGGACGGAUCGAAGCAUUCUAUCAUAAUUGUACUCGUGCCGCUGAUGAAUGGUUAAUUGAUUAUCGCUUCAUAAGAUUCACAUCCGAUACCGACAUGAGUGUAUUCCUAACAAAUAAGAUUGAUCAUCUCAUCUGUCGAAUACGUUUGGAUAUUCAUCCUUAUCAAGCGCCAUUUUCCGAUGAAACCCGUUUGACUUCGGAUAGGAAAAUCUGCAUAGCCCAUACUGAUUCGAAACUGAACCGAAAUGUGAUCAAAAAAGCAUUUGCAAAGUAUGGUCGCAUAUUAAACUGUACUUGUGUAUCAUCUGGAAAUGGUGUUGAAUAUGUUUACAUUGAAUUUGAAUCUAUCAAUUCUAUUCGAUCAGUUUUAUCAAAACAACAUCACGUUGUUGGACGAACGGCUUUAGCGGUUAAACAACCGUUAAAACCAUCUCAAGUAGAAGUUAAACUCGAAUGUGUAUCAAGAGAUGAUCGACCACCGCGAGAACAAUAUCAAAACCGAAGUUCCCAUGUAGAUACUGCGCAAUAUUCAUCAGCCUUUGUUCACCAAGGAGAAACACUCCGCUCACAGCAAAGAUUAUCUAAUAAUAGUCACACGUCAGCGGAAACAAACCAUGAGUCAUCGUCUUCAUGCAGUCAACAACAAUUGAAAGGUUACGAAGAUGAAUACGAGGUGAUCAUUCGGCAAGAUCUUGACGAAAUAACCUAUCAACUUGAUAGAUUUCUUCGAAGUCAAAGUAAAACGUAUAAAAAGCUUCAACAUUAUAUUCUCAAUGAACUACAAUCGCAAUCUAGCUCGUCUGAAAACGAAGAAGGAGAAGUCGUAUCGAAUUGCUCUUUCUCUUCGGAUUCAGAAGCGCAUAAUUCUCGCCAAACUAAACGACUGAAAACAACGUGUUUUGCGCCGAAUUCUGUCUUUUAG